CACAACACAAACACCACCCAACACCACAGUGAUGGGAGAACUCAGAAAUUGGGCGUUUUGGCGGGCUGUUCUAGCAGAGUUGAUUGGUAUGAUCCUCUUCAUAUUCAUUGGUAUAUCUUCUGCUAUCGGGAAUAACCAUAACUCCAGCCCUGACCAGGAGGUUAAAGUAGCGUUAGCCUUUGGUCUGGCCAUCGCCACGCUGGCCCAGAGUUUGGGCCACAUCAGUGGAGCCCACCUGAACCCAGCCAUCACCCUAGGUCUGCUGGUCAGCUGCCAGAUCAGUGUGUUCAAGGCAGUGUUCUACAUCCUGGCUCAGAUGCUGGGAGCUGUAGUAGCUAGUGCCAUAGUGUAUGGAGUCAAGCCGACAGACAUUGAUGCACUGGGAGUUAAUCACCUGAAUAAAAUAAGUGUAGGACAAGGGUUUGUCAUCGAGCUCCUGACCACCUUCCAGCUGGUCCUAUGUGUCAUAGCAGUGACUGAUAAAAGGCGUGGGGAUGUCACCGGUUCUGCCCCUCUAGCCAUCGGGCUCUCUGUUGGCCUGGGACAUCUUGCAGCAAUCAGUUUCACUGGAUGUGGCAUUAAUCCUGCUCGCUCAUUUGGGCCAGCUGUAAUCUCCGACUACUUUGGUGACCAUUGGGUGUACUGGCUGGGGCCGAUGUGUGGAGGUGUAGCAGCAGCCCUUAUCUAUGACUUCCUCCUGUAUCCUAGAAGUGAUGACUUCAGUCAGCGGUGGAGUGUUCUGGUCAGUGGGCCAGACAGGGAGAAUGAUGCCCCAAAUUGUGCUUAAAGACCUUGUUUCUGCAGUCUCUGCCAGCCGCUGAAAGAUCCAUAUGUAGAAUUCAUUUAAACUGUCAGUUUGAUUUAUGCAGUUAUCUAACUUUUAUCAUUGCUGUUACAGACAUGUUGUAUUGUGUUUCUGUUCGUCCUGUGUUGAAGGUUGAAACAUUUGUACACCUAUGGGACAGUUCAAAAUGUACUGUAAAAACAAAAUGCGCACCCUCCCCCUUAUAGAAUUAACAAGAAAUUAAGUUUUACGACCACAAAUAACUGUAGUGAGCCUGUGUUGUUUAACAUAGAUAUCGACUUUGCCACUUCAGCAUGGUUUUGUGGUACAGUCGAUGCCACGCAAGGCUUCGGGCCAGAAGGUUGAGGAUUUGCUGACCACCACUGACGAGCUACCUCUCCCUGCCUUUCAUUAGAACUACACUACGAUCAGAGCCGGCUGCAGACAAUGAUCAUCCAGGUGGAAAUGAGAUUUAAUAUUUUGAUACUAUAUUUAUAAUUAUAUAAAAUAAAUGCAACAAAUAUAUGCAACGCCACAAUCUGCACAGUUUGAAUGCCGGAAUUAUAUUUUGGACGAAUGUGCGCAGGUAGCCUACAGGAGACUUUUGAAGUAGCCUAAUCUUUAAAACAUUGUAACUGGUUGUGUUGAUGCCACACAUAAAAGGUCAUGCAUUUUAAAAGUGAAAUUAACUAUAUUUAGGCUAUAGGUUAUUGAAGCGUUAAGCUCUAGGUACGGGACAGCAGAGUUGUCAAGCUUUCCUGAAUAACUGGGCCUGCUGGAAGCCUACUGUAUGUGGCCACAUUAUUAUAGGACGACUUGGGAUAAUGAGGAUCCGCAACAAACAGCGCAUCUCAGUAUCAGAAUUUAAAAUACAGCCAAACAGCCAAAUACUAUUUUGGACCGCCCCAGUUAAUAUCGAACUGCCCCUACGGUAUUUACAUUUUCUUUGUUUUAGUGUUUGCUUUGUGGAAAUAAAGUACUUUUUGUAAUUAAAGAAUAAACUGUACCAGUCAAGUUUGAACACCUA